AAGAUGAUAUAAACCUUGCAGUUGAAGCUGCUCAAGCCGCAUUCUCAAAAUGGUCAAAAACAACCAAAUCCAUCCGUGCUAAUAUCAUGUAUCGAAUUGCGGAUAUUCUUGAAUCUCGUCUAAAGGAAUUCGCUGAAGCAGAAGUACGAGAUCAAGGCAAAACUAUUACUUUCGCGACAAAGGUUGAUAUAGACAGAUCGGUUUAUAAUUUUCGGUACUUUGCUGGUUAUAUUUUGCACAUGGAGGAGAAGGCCAGCUUUAUUGUUGAUGGCAGAGCCUUCAGUUAUGUUAAAAAAACUCCUCCUGGUGUUGCUGGUUUGAUUUCUCCGGUAAGCAGAACAGCAUCCGGAUUAAAAAUUUAUUCUACUGCAUCUAUGUACUUAAAGAAAGUUUCUCUCGAGCUCGGUGGCAAAAAUGCUAAUAUUAUUUUCGAAGAUUGUGAUUUCGAAAAAGCUGUUGCGACUAGUAUAAAAUCUUCUUUCAGUAAUCAGGGAGAGAUUUGUUUAUGUGGAUCUCGUAUAUUCGUUCAAUCGUCGAUCUAUCAAAAGUUUCUUGAUGCAUUCGUUCCCAAGGCUCGUAAUAUGAUUGUCGGGGACCCUAAUGAUCCUAAAACUGAGGUAGGUGCAUUGGUCAGCCAAAGUCAUAUGGAAAAGGUACUUGGAUACAUCGAAUUGGCAAAACAAGAAGGUGGUGUGAUCGAAUGUGGUGGUGGAAGGAAACAUUUGCAGGGAGAGUUACGUGAUGGAUAUUUUGUAGAACCCACAGUCAUUACUAA